UUGUUGUAUUGCCGAUUGAAGAGAAGAGAGGAACAGAGAGAAAGAUUGGGAGGAAAUGGAGAAAAAAAAGGAUGGAAAUGGACGAUGUUAGAAAGAAAUGAAAUGCCCAGAUAGAACGAGAAAUAUUUUACUAGACCUUUUAGUGAUAGAUAGAAAGGAAGGAAGGGAGGAGGAAAUGCGGGAAGAGAAGCGGGGGAGAAUGAAUGAAGGAAGGAAGGGAAGAAGGAAAGAAGGAAGGAAGGACGGAAGGACGGAAGGAGGAAAAGGAAUGAACGGAGUGGUUAGAAAGGGUGGAGAAUUUUGGUUGAGAUCGCAAAAAUGUAUUAGUUUCGAUAACAGAACCAAAUGUGUACCGAUCACGCCAUUUCACAUCCUUCGCCGCCACUAUCAUCGUCACACUUUGCACUCUUUCUUUUUUCUUGAAACAUUUCCAUGCUUUCAUUUUAUCAUCUAUGUCCUUUUCAUGCUUCCACAUUCUUCUCUUAUCACUUUAUCACUACUAACAAUCAUACUAAUGGU